AUUCUGUUCGAUUUGACUUGUUCUUAAGCGAAUUAAUUUUUUUUUUUUUCGUGCUUUUGUGUUAUUUAACGGGUCUUUGCUGUUGCGUUAGUUAUACGUUCUUUCAUAUUGCGUAGGCGGCGAUAAUGUUGAAUCAAAAGCUUUUGAAAAGGAAGGUCCUCCAUGAAGAAGUAUCGGACGUAUGGAAAGAAAUUGAGGGCAAUAGCAGGUUCAACGACAGCAUCGAGGCGGCACAAUUGGAUCUGAUUGUUGAUCUGGACGAAGAGUUCUUUAACGUAUCCUAUGACCUGGUGCAGCAGCUGGUGCCGCUGAACAGCUUCGUGGCCGGCAAGAUGAAGCUAUUCGUCGACAUUGUGGGUCGGCUGCAUGAGCACUACGUCAAGAAAGUGAAAGUAGUUCAGGAUUUGGAGGAUACAGUAAAUGCCGCAAAUGAAAGACUGAAAUUGGCCCUCGAAGUAUCUGCGGAAUCGUCGUUUGUGAUGAAGGAGCUGCGUGUAGCACUGGAAGAGGCUUGGCGUACUACGGAUGCUUCGGAAUAUCGAGAGUCUCUGUUGACCGAACAUAACAUUGAUUAUGAAUCUAAAUACGGUCAAUCUCCCACCCAGAGCUACAGCAACUUGAGUCAGCCUAAGGAACGUCAAAUGCGGGCCCUUGUCUAUCGGGAACGUGAUCGCCUGGCCGGAGAGCUAAAGGAGCAUCAGAAGCGACUCGAACAAAAUCGUUACUAUUCGGCUGCUGUGGAAGCCGUCAAUGAAAAGAAUUUGGCCAAGCUUAGAGAACAACAUGUGCAACUGAAGCAGAUUGAAAACCAAAAAUACAACGUGGAGCGCGAGAAUCGUAUAACAUUCGAGCAACUGCGGGAAAAGAUCAUUAAUCAGCGAAAGAAACUGGAGUUGCUUACCAGCAGGAACAAGGAGUUAAAUGCAUUUGAGACAAAAUACAAGGAGACUCUAGCGGUCGCCAGUGGUCUGAAGAACGUCAUCGAGAACCUCGUCAACGAGAAUUACAAUUUGCAAAAAGUCAAUCUGCACAUCGCAGAUGAGUCUCAAGCCAGGCUUGCAACAGUGACAGCUUUAAGGACCGCCAACAAAUCGCUGACGGUCGAAAAUAAUGAAUUUCGUCAAGAGAUUCGUCAACUGAAAUGCGAAAGAAAAACCAAAGAUCUUCUCUUCAAUCAGCUCAAUCGACGAUUCCUUCAGCUGUCCCAAAAGAAUGCCAACUUAAUUUCGAAUAAAGCGUUGCUCACCAAUGAGGUGACAGGACUCGAGAAGAGUCUGUUGGGAGCGAAUGCGAAACUGAACGAAAUGACGCUCGGGAAGGAGGCAGCCGAGCGGUUGCAAAUAAAAUUGAACACGGAUCUGAAGCACCAGGCGGACAUGAAUGCUACGCUGCAGCACGAUCUGUCGAUCCAGCGUUACCGCACGCAGGACGCGCGACUCAUGCUCGAUCGGGCCAACAAGGGGCUAGAUGAAAAGGAAAUUCUGAUACACAAAAUCAACAAGGAGAAGCACGAAAUUGAACAGGAGAGCGGCGAGCUGAGCCGGACGAUCGAGGCACUAGAGGCGAAAGUGGCUCAGAAGGCGGAGAAAAUAGAGGAUCUAAGCCAGCAGCUGGAGGCCAAGCAUCAGAUCUAUAUUAAGGCUCGAAAGCAAAUGGAAGUGGCGCACAGCGAGAAGAUGAUGUUGCAGAAGAGCAUGGAUCUGUGCGGACGUGAACGCCAGAAACUGCAAAGUCUCAAUGCGAAGCUCAUCUUUCAGAUCAAUCAGUUCGGCCAGCAGGUGGCCAACAACGAGAAGGACAUGAACCUCCAGAAGAAGCACAUCGAUCAGCUGGACACUCGGCUGAGGCACAAGCAGAACGAGAUUCAUGGCAAGGAGCGACAGGUGGAGCAGAUGCAUGCCGCGCUGGCCGAGCAGAAGGUGCUCAACGAGCAGAUGCACUGCACCAUCGAUCAGGACGCCAAGCGGUUCAAGCAGAUGGCCAUCACGCUGGAGGAGAACAGCAAGGAGAAAAUGGUGGUGGGCCAGCAGCUGGUCCGGCGCAACUGCGAGCUGAGCAUCGUGCGGGAGAAGCUGGCCAUGAUUCAGUUGGCCAUGACCCGCGGCACCACCCAGUACAAUCAGCGGGUCGAGGAUAUACGUUUGCUCAAAACCGAAAUCAACAACCUGCGCAUGUCCAACACCUGCAUGCAGCGCUCGGUCAGCAAAACGGCCAACAUGCGCCACGAGGUUGUGCGGAUCGAGCGUCAGCUCGUUCGUGAGCGCUUGAACCUGACCGCGAUCACGGAGGAGCUGAAGUAUCCGUGCCGCAUACAUCGCUGGCGUCUGCUAAUCGGCCGAGAUCCGUCCAAAUACCAGCUGAUACGCAAGAUCCAGGUGCUGCUCAAGCACAACAUCAAGCUGAGCGUCGAGCGCUUGAAUAUGGAGCACAAGGUGGAGGACAUGCAGAAGCUAUGCGACUCGUUCCGCAAGCAGGUCGAGCGUAUGCCCGAUCCCAGCAUCGCGCAGCGGCUAUGGAAGCAACAGCGGAUCAAUCAGCGACAGGGCCGCAAGCUGCGCGCCAUGAAAGCGGAGCUGGCCAUCAACGAGAUUGACAUGCACUCGCGGGAUAUGAUCAUCAACGAGUACAACAAGGUCAUCAGAAAGGAGUGCUGCCAGCAGCCGAACAAUGUGGUCGACACACUGCUUGGCGUCAUAGCCAUUGGCCGGGGGACGCAGGAAGUUGACGAGCACUUCCAAAUGUCCUCCAGCAGUGAUUGGAAAGUGCUGGAGGACACAGCAAGAGUUGUUGCUGCUCAGGAGCUGAGCAAUAAGCUCAUGUGCCACAAGGAAAACUCAGCUGAUGCUACUGCUUAAUGCGCAUUUAUUCAAUGGACUCCUCUAGAGCAGCUGGCUGAUCACCUUGAAGCCGGCGCCCAGGGUGCGCGGCAGCUGG